UCUCCCUUCUCUAGGGAUUUAAAGCAAACCCUAAUCCCUAAUCUUGAAACAAAACACACUAUUAAAAAGGGAAAAAGGCAAUGAAUUCUUUGAUUUGAAAAAACCAAAUUCAAGUAAGAAAAAUCCAAAGAAAAAAAUGACGAAAGUUUGCAAUAAUAGUGUGAACUCACCCUUUACCCCUUCUUGUUCUUCAAUGAAAGAAGAAAAGUUCUCAGACGCAUUUUAUCAAACACCUAUUUCACCAUCUUUUCCGGCCAAAAAUCUUAACCAAAUCUUGGACCCAUUGAAACCCAUUUUCCCUUUUGAUACUAAUUCCACAGAUUUCACCCAAAAGUUUUCUGGGGUGAAAAAUAAUCUGGGUAUGUCGUUUACCGAAUGUUUGGGUUUUGAAAGUUCUGAUGAAAUUAUCUCGAGUUUUGACGAUCUGGGUAAGCGUAAUAAUUGCAUUAUUAAUUCUCAUAGAAAACGUAAUAAUCAAGAUUGGAAAAAACAGGAUGAGAAGAAAUUUCCACCAUUAUUAACAUCUUUGAGUGAUAAUGGAAGGAGAAAUUUUAUGUUGAAACAAAUUAGGGAAAACGGAAGAUUGGUAAUUGUUAGGGUUUUGAUCGAACGCCCAGAAAUUCUUUUUGCUUCGAGGGAUAAUGGACGGCUUAAAAUGGAUCUAGUUCAAAGUAUUUGUGAUGAUGAAUAUGAUAUUGAUGAUGAUUAUCAUGAUGAUGUUGAUGAAGAAGGAAAAAGAGAGGAGGAGAGAGAAAGAGUGAUUCCGGCAUUACCGAGAUGUUAUCAUCAUCAACGUCAGAAUUGUGAUUUGGGUGUAGAUCAACAUAGAUUUGUGACGACUGUAUGAUCUUAUCAUGGAGAUGCGGUACAGAGGAUAAUAUCAGAUGAUUAUUAAGUGGGUUAUUUUUUUUUAUUUGAUUUUAUAAAAUUGAAAUUAUGUGAGGAGGAAGAGUUUAGUUGGCGGGAAUUUACGCGUUUUGGUGGUUAAAUUAUAACGGUCGAAUUGGCUACUGUAUUAGGUUAUUUUUU